CCGUAAAUCACAAAGUUUAUGAUUUCAUGUUAAAAUUUUACUUUUAUAAGACUUUUGCUUAGAUAAAUACAUUAGAUGUAAGUUAUAGCUCUUGUAAUUAUGGCAAAUUUCACUAUUGAUGGAAAAAUAUGCAUUGAACGCGAACUUGAAGUAGUGCCUUCAAACAGAGAAUUUGAAGACUUAAUUUCUCAUCUCGAUGUACUUAAAACGUGUAAAUGGAUAUCUGAUAAUAAUUAUUCGAAGGUGUGUUUACAGUUUCCCGACGAACUUUUAAAUGUGAGUGCUGUUAUAUUUGAAGAGAUAAAGAAUAAAUGUGAUGUUGACCUGUAUAUCUUAGGAGACACUUCAUAUGCUAGCUGUUGUGUAGAUGCAGUGGCGGCUAUGCAUGUACAGGGUGAUGCAGUGAUUCACUAUGGUCGUAGUUGUUUUACAAAAUCAAACAUACCAGUGUUCACAGUCUUACCUAAGAAAAAAUUGAAUUUGGAAGCUUCUAUCAAAACUUUGCAGGAUAAUUUUGGAUCGGAUGAAAUUGAUAAACUUUGCCUGUUUUAUGAUGCUGAAUUUGAACACUGCAAAGAUGAAAUAGAAAAGGCAUGGUAUCAGCAAUAUCCUAAUAGUUACAUAGCAUAUAUUGCAUUGGAAGAAAAUAGAAAUAGAUUUCUAGGUCGUUUGGUAAGAGAUUUAAAUGGUGAAGUAUACAAUUCUGAUGUACUUAAGAACUGCACUUGCAUUUACAUCGGCCUGAACGGACAGACUUUAUUUAUAUAUACUAUAUCUAUUGAAGCAAAACAAUGGUUUUCACUAAAUCCAGAAACAUUAGAAAUUGUCAGCAAGACAGAGACUGCUUGGUUUAAACGAAGACGUUUCCUAAUUGAGAAGUGUAAAGACGCCAAUGUGAUUGGUAUACUAAUAUGCAAACUAGCCGGAGAUCAGACAAAAGAUAUUAUAAACAGACUGAAAGAUUUAUGCAAAGUUAACGGAAAGAAAAGUUAUAUUAUAUCUGUAGGAAAACCUAAUGUUGCUAAACUUGCUAACUUUCCAGAGAUUGAUAUUUAUGUCAUGGUUGCAUGUCCAGAAAAUGAUCUGUACAACAACAGGGAUUUCUAUAAACCAAUUGUAUAUCCGUUUGAACUCGAAGUGGCUUUAAAUUCGAAUCGGCAACCUUAUUUCACAAAUCAUGUGACGGACUAUGAUGAAUUACUUCCGGGCAAUAAACACUAUUGUGAUAUAAAUGAAGCUAAGGAAACUACAGAUGUUAGUCUUAUAACUAACAAAAUAAGAGAGACAAAAGUUCAUAGUUCAAUUGAAAGUUCAUUGGAGUUAGCUGAAAAACAAAGUAUGGCUUUAGAGACUAUUGGACAGAAUCUUCAAGAAAGAUCAUGGAAAGGAUUGGAACAAAAAUUAGGAGAAACCGAGGUUAAGAAAGCAGAAGAAGGUCGCAAAGGGAUACCACUACAAUACAAUAAUGAACCAGAGUAAAUUAGAAUCAUAUAUUUUUAUUUACAAACUCGGAA